AUGGACCGUCGCAUAGGCUCGCUUGCCGUUCUAUUACUCCUGUCAGCUACCGUCCCUCUGUCACAAUCAUGGCUCGUGCGAUGCCCUGCGAUCUUCAGCAACCCCGUCGUCAGUGUUAUCCAGGCGACGAUGCGAGGCGACAAGAAGAAGGCCGAUACAACGCAAAUGGCGGACGGCACCCUCAAGAUUACUGUAUUCUCGAGCACCAAGGGCACGGACAUCAAAUUCGAGCUUACCUCCAACGAUCUCUACUUUCCGCUCUUCAAAACGCUCAACUACGGCCCCGCGGGAGCAACCGGCGACGCUAUUCUGACCAUUCCGGGUACGCCCACGAUCGCACUGCGCGCCGAUGGCAUCACGUACAAGUCGGUCGGGUGGAUCAAGCAGGCGGAUUCCGCCAAGGCGAGCAACGGGCAAACGGUUACGAACGUUUUGAAGCAGCUUGAUUUAAACCCCGCCAACUAUUACGUGCAAGUGUCGGCGUUUAAGUUCCUGGGCAACAUUCGCGGGCAGCUGCAACGAGGAAUGUUCGUUCCGUGCAUGUCGCUUAACCCGCUUCGCGCGCGAUCGCGCUCCGUCUCCCCUCCCGCUUCCCCCUCCGUCCCCUCCGCUUCCGCCACUAUGCCCUCCGCGAAGCUCGCGGACUUCGGUCUGUCGCUCGCUCUGCGACCGGGGCAGCGCGUGGUGGGGUACGCGGGAAGCUUCCCAUACGAGGCGCCCGAGGUGCUGGCUAAUAAAGCGUACGACCAAUCAGCGGACAUCUUCAGCCUCGGCGUGACGCUCUACGCGAUGCUCUCGGGCACGUGGCCCGCCUUCCACCGCUCGCGAUGCCUCGACGACGCGGUCGACUGGGAGUUACCAUGCUGGCGAAAGGUUUCGGAGGUGGCGAAGGAUUUGAUUCGCUGGAUGGUUUCGCCGCUCCCGCACAUGCGCCCGACCGUGGACGAGGUGCUUGCGCACCCCUGGUUCGCGCUCCCCAUCGGCUUCCCCGCGCAACCCGCGAGCCCCCGCAGCGUUGUCCGCACCUUCCGCACCUGGCGACGCGAGCGGUCGCUGAAGCAGGAAGAGGAGAGGCAGGCAGCUCAAAAGGAGGCUUCGCAGAAAGUUCGUCCGGUAGAAGAUGCUGCGCGCGGCGUGCAUGACACUGGCGGUUGUCGCGGCGACCAUCUCGGCGACGCUUCCAAGGCCGGACGCGUGGACAUUAUUGGUUAUCAGCGGCCCGUGCUGUCCGUGCGAUAA